CGGACUUGCGGCUCCGUCACACGUGCUUUUUUCUGUUUUGGAAAUGAAAAUUGUCCUUUAAUUUAUUUAUAAUGCCUCCGUUUCGAGCUGGUUUGCUCAAAAGAAAGAUCGAGGAUCAGAAACCUAAACAAACAGUGUCUAAAAAUGUUUCAGAAGAGGAGAAUAGUGAUGAAGAAACUGAGGAGUUAAUAGGAGGAGAGUUAGGCGGUGAUGGCGACUCCACGGAUUCUGAAGCUGGUGAACCCGAGGAGGCUAGCGACACCGAAAGAGAUGGAGUGCUAUUUGAUGAUGAUGCAGACUCCACUUUAGGUGAUGAGGAGAAUGUUGAGGGAGAUUCAGACGAAUCAUCAGAGUUAACAGACUCUGAAGCAGAUGAUGAAUCAGGUAGUGAUGAGGAAGAUGAAGAAGAAGAUGAUAGUGAUGAAGAAGAAGCAACCGACGAGAGUGGUGAAGAAUCAGGAAUAGGACAAACACAUUCUGGAUCUAGUACAGAUGAGGUCCAAGAACAGAAACCAUCAAAAUUAAACAAGAAACAAAAAACAAAACAGAAAUUAAAACAUAGUAAACAAAAUGGAAUAAAAGAAGCCUCUAGCGAUGACGAUGACCAGACACAAGAGAAGUCUGGUCCUAAAACUAGUACUAAAGUUAUACAAAAAGAAAAACCAAGUAUAGUUAAGAAAAAAAGUAAUACAAAAUCUAGUAUUGAUGCAUUAGCCGAUAAGAUUAAAGAUACAAGUGUUAAUAUACAGCCUGUGGAACAGAAAGAUGAAUAUGAGUCAGGCGACACAUCAGACGAGGAAGACCGGCGGAAUACCACGGGCGACGUGCCGGCGUGGUGGUACAAGGAGUACCCGCAUGUGGGCUACGACCUCGACGGCCGCCGCAUCAUGAGGCCCGCGCAACGCGACGCUAUCGACGAUUUCCUCAAACAAUGCGAAGACCCGGACUUCUGGCGCACGGUGCGCGACCCGUCCACAGGGCAGGACGUAGUGCUGAGCAAGCAGGACCUCGAGCUGAUCGCGCGCAUCCGACAGGGACAGGUGCCCAGCGCAGAGCACGAUGAGUACCAGCCGUGGGUGGAGUGGUUCUCCCGCGAAGUGCUGGCGACCCCGCUGCGCGCGUUCCCUGAACACAAGCGGUCGUUCCUGCCGUCGCGCUCGGAGCAGCAACAGAUAUCUCGCAUAGUGCACGCGCUCAAGAUGGGCUGGACCAAGACACGGAAGCAGAUCGCCGAUGAGCGACGGAAGAAGCGGGAGAAGUUGUUCUACAACCUGUGGGGCUCGACAACAGCAGAGGAAGAGGAAAAGCUGCGUGGCAUCCACAAGCACAUCCCGGCACCGAAGCGGCCUCCCCCCGGACACGCUGAGAGCUACAACCCGCCGCCAGAGUACCUGCUCGACAAGAUGGAGCUGAAAGAGUGGAACAAGCUAUCGGAGACCCCGUGGAAGCGAAAGUACACGUUCCUGCCCACCAAGUACGGCAGCCUGCGCGCGGUGCCCGCCUACGAGCGGUACACGCGCGAGCGCUUCCUGCGCUGCCUCGACCUCUACCUCGCGCCGCGGGCCAUCAAGAUGAGGCUGACAAUAACCCCAGAGGACCUAGUACCGAAGCUGCCUUCGCCUCGAGACCUACAACCGUUCCCGACGGCAGAAGCUCUCUGCUUCAAGGGUCACGCGGGGCUGGUGCGCAGCGUGGACUUCGACCCCAGCGGGCAGUACAUCGUGUCUGCGGGCGAUGACGGGUUUGUUAAAGUAUGGGAAACAAGCACUGGCCGUUGUCUUCGAAGCAUCGACCUGAAGGAAAGCGUAGCGCGGGUGGCGUGGACCCCGGCUACAGGGCUGAGCCUGAUAGCGGCGGCCGCCGGGAACAAGCUGCUGUUCCUCAACCCGGGGUCAGACAUCGGCUGCCACAAGGUCGCCGAGAGGACGGACGAGCUGUUGGAAGAACCACCGCCCUCGCAUGAUGUUGUCAUGGACGAGCGCACGUCGGCGGUGGCGCAGUGGCAGCGCGUGACGCCCGAGGACUGGGCGCGGGGCGUGCGCAUACAGGUGCACCACUUCCGACCCGUCACACAUGUGGCGUGGCACGCGCGCGGCGACUACGUGUGCGUGACGCUGGCGGACGCGGCGGCGCGGGCCGUGCUGGUGCACCAGGUGUCGCGGCGCCGCUCGCAGCUGCCCUUCACGCGCAGCAAGGGGCUCGUGCAGUGCGCGCUCUUCCACCCCAUACGGCCGCUGCUGUUUGUUGCCACGCAGCGCGUGGUCCGCGUGUACGACCUGGUGAAGCAGUCGCUGAUCCGCAAGCUGCUGACGGGCGCGCAGUGGAUCAGCUCGCUCGCUGUCCACCCCGCUGGGGACAACCUGCUCGUCGCCUCCUACGACCGCAAGUGCAUGUGGUUCGACCUGGAGCUGUCGUCCAAGCCGUACCAGACGCUCCGCCUGCACGGCAGCGCGGUCCGCGCCGUCACCUUCCACAAGCGCUACCCGCUGUUCGCCACGGCUGGCGACGACCACAACAUCGUCGUCUCACACGGAAUGGUCUACAACGAUCUACUACAGAACCCUCUAAUAGUCCCCCUGAAGCAGCUGCGUGGUCCAGAGAAGCGCGCGGAGCUGUGCGUCACAGACGUCCGCUUCCACCCCAUACAGCCAUGGCUACUCGCUGCCGGCGCAGACAGCACUAUACGUCUUUACUCAUAAAUAAAUACCAUGUACAGAUACUGUU